AUGCGAAAGCAAUACACAACACCGAUAUCUCUGGCCUCUUACUUGAUAAUUAUCUUUGGUCUUGCGUUGCUAAUUCUAACGCAUGGCCUAGUUCGGAGCGCAGGCAUUGUGCUACCAAUAUUGGGAACCUCGAUAUUCUGCUACUCUCGCUUCUCGCUGCGCUCCGCCUUUGACCGUCAUAUCGAGAAAAGCCUCACGGGGGACUUGGCGGACAUCGGGAAGCACUAUUGUAAGCUUGAUGUCGUCGACGAGAAAGCGGACGGUGAAGGCGUUCCUUCUCGCAAUUGGAGAAGUGGUUUUUGGGUAGCUGAGGUUGUCGAAGACGCGAAGCGCCCUGUGAUAGUUGGAUGUGUUGGAUUAGGCAAGUCAUACGCUUACAGCAGCGAAGACGAAACAAGCGCUGAGCUUCGGCGUCUAGUUAUUUCUCCCCGCUAUCGCCAUAAAGGCAUCGGACGGAAACUGAUACAAACGGUCGUGCAUUUUGCGCGGGAGCACCAAAUUGAGACCAUCUACCUCACAACCUCGUCGUACCAGCAACCUGCGAUCAAUCUCUACAAGAAGCUUGGGUUCCAUUUGGAAGGGAAGAGAGAAAUGACCAUUCAAAUGCAAAAGUGGAAAAUUUACGCAUUCAGAUUGAAUGUAAAUGGUUAUUCAUUAUGA